AUGAGUAACACCUCCGCUUCCCUUAUGGAGGACGUUUACGCCUACUUCAAUCAAACCGUGAUUUUUUUUGGAAAUGUCUCGACGUAUUGCCAGUCGUCAUACCAAAAUGACCCCAUCCGUACCUUCGUUGAGUUUCUUUUGCUUCUUUUCGCUGCCUACUAUGUUCUUCGCAAACCAAGAACUUCCCCCGAUAAUAACUACAUUGAUUUGACAGAGAAGGAAAUCGACGAGCUUGUGGAUGAUUGGCAACCCGAGCCCUUGGUCUCUCCUCUGACGGACCAAGAGCAAUUCGAACUUGAAUCUAUUCCUAUCUUGGACUCUGUUCGUUUGCAAACAAAGUUGAGCGAUGGUCGCCCCGUGAUUAACUAUGCUUCUUAUAACUUUCUUAACUUCGCCGAGGAUCCUGCGAUUAACAAGAGUGUCGUUGAGGCUCUGCGUCAAUGCGGUCUUGGUGCUUGCGGUCCUCCGGGCUUUUAUGGUAACCAAGAUAAGCAUUUGAAACUUGAGCAGGAUAUUGCACGGUUUAUUGGUGUCCAAGGUUCCAUCGUAUACGCACAAGCUUUCCAGACUAUUUCUUCCGUUAUCCCUGCAUUUUUGAAGCGUGGUGAUCUUCUUGUCGUUGACGAUAAUGCCAACUUUGCCAUUCAAAAGGGUGUCCAAAUUUCCCGUUCAUCCAUUCGGUUUUUUAAGCAUAACGACAUGAAGGACUUGGAGCGUGUUCUUAACGAGAUUGUCACCGAGGCUGCUGCUGCUCGUAAGCCUUUGACUCGUCGUUUCAUUGUCACGGAGGGCAUUUCUGAGAAGCUUGGUGACAUGGUUGAUUUGCCUAAAUUGAUCAUGUUAAAGAAGAAGUACAAGUUCCGCCUUAUUCUUGAUGAAACUUGGUCUUUUGGAACGUGUGGAAGAUCUGGUCGUGGUAUCACUGAGCAUUAUGGAAUUGACCCUAAUGAAGUCGACAUGAUUAUCGGCUCUUUGAGUAACAGCAUUGCUGCUGGUGGUGGUUUCUGUGCUGGUUCUUUAAUGGUGACGAAUCACCAACGUCUUUCUGGUCUUGCUUUUAUUUUCAGUGCUUCUCUUCCUUCCUCGCUCGCAGUGGCCGGUUAUGAGGCUAUUGCGCGUUUGGAAGAGAGUGGAGAUAAGAUUAUGAAUGCUUUGCGUGACAGAUGUGCUCGUUUCCAUGCCUGUAUGUAUAAGAGUAAGUGGCUCGAGUCUCCCAGCCAUAUUGAAUCACCAUCUAUCCACCUUCGCCUUCGUGACCAGACUAUUCCUCACAAUGAGCAACAUCGCAUUCUUCAACAAAUUAUAGAGAAGUGCAAAGAUGACGGCUUUUUAUUGUCGCGUUCGAAAACUGUGGAGAAGUUGGACAAGGUUAAACUUCCUCCCUCUAUUCGUGUUUGUGUUUCCACUGGACACGCUAAUGAGUCAGUUGAGAGCCUCGCUCUGGCAAUUAAAAAACACGCUGAUGAGGUAAUGUCCUCAAAUGAAUCAUAA